UGGGUUGGGAAGUUUGUGCUGAGUUUUGUGGGUUUGGAGAUUAUGUGAGGGUGGGAGAGUAAUGGACCCCCUUAAAACCACAGAACAUGAGUUUUGACCCCCUUCUUACCCAAUAUCAGCCAGCCUGGAUCAUCUUUGGCUCUCUCGACUUUAAAGCCCCAAAAUCCCACUUAUCCUUCUCUGAAAGCCAGUUGAGGUAUUCUAUUCCCGUACAAGAACAGAACGAAGCUAGAGUUUGUAAGGAAUCGUGCUCAUCAGAGUUUUUGCUGUUAAGAGAUUUUGAAUUUUGGGGCUUAAUGACUGGGAAUUAAGGGAUUUUUGGAGUAGACAGCAGAGAAUUUGGGAAGAAGGGAAGGAGUAGGACUUGGGGGUAAGGAUUACGGCAAUAUUUUGGGGGUAUAGAGAGUCGUUUAGGAGUUUAGAAAUAGCUUUUUUGGGUAUAGUUUUGUGGGUUUUUAGGAAGGUAGGGUAAAUUAGAUGCAAAAUUCAACUAUUAAUCUUGAAGCUUAUUAGAAUUUAUGUGAAGCGAAAUUGCACUGAAUUGUUAUUUCAACGUUAUAUAAGCAUCCAUGCUCAAGAUUACUCUAAUCCUAAUAUAAACACCUACCACGAUAAUUUUAUCAAUAUAUCCCAUCUUUCUAAAUUUCAAACAAAUUUCCAAUCUUUUGAGGCUUUCAUCCAAAAUUUCUCAUCAAAAAGUCCAAGAGUAUAAUUGAAAUCCCAUUAGUCAAGAAGCUCGCAAGACAGAUUCCCGUAUAUGUCAGAUUAGUUAUUAAUGGCAUAUAUUAUGACUCAUAAUUAUAUGCAAUCAAUUAUCAUAAACCUCUAGGGCUGAUAAUUUCAGAAACCAUUUUGGAGUUGCAAACGUCAAUCCCUGGCAAGCUCCAUGUGUAUAUUCAGUAAUCUUGGGGAUUCACAUCGAUGCUUUCCCGGAUAAUAUUGGUUUAUUAGAGCAAGUUCCUCAAUAUUCUGCAAUAAAUCUGGAGAUAAUUCAUAAAUAGGAAAACGAGAUGUAUGAAAGCAGUUCGUAUUCUUUACAUUUACCUGAAAUCUAU